AUGGUUAACGUUGUUCUAGGUUCUCAGUGGGGUGACGAAGGUAAGGGUAAGUUGGUGGACCUGCUGGUCGGCAAGUACGACAUCGUGGCACGUAGUGCCGGUGGUAACAACGCCGGGCACACUAUUGUGGUGGAUGGUGUCAAGUACGAUUUCCACAUGCUACCCUCCGGACUGGUGAACCCUAAUUGCCAAAACUUGAUUGGUAACGGUGUUGUCAUUCACGUGCCCUCUUUCUUCAAGGAACUAGAGAAUCUAGAGGCCAAGGGCCUUAAGGGUGCCCGUGAGAGACUAUUCGUAUCCUCUAGAGCACACUUGGUCUUUGAUUUCCACCAACGUACGGAUAAAUUGAGAGAAGCCGAGUUAUCCGGUCAAUCCAAGGACGGAAAGAACAUCGGAACUACAGGAAAGGGUAUCGGUCCUACCUAUGCGACGAAAUCUUCAAGAUCUGGUCUCAGAGUUCACCACUUGGUCAAUGACGAGCCUGAGGCUUGGGACGAGUUUGUCACUAAGUACAAGAGACUUGUGGCUACUAGACAACAACGUUACGGCCCAUUCGAUUAUGACGUUGAUGAAGAACUGGCUCGUUACAAGAAGUACAGAGAAGAACUGAAACCUUUUGUUGUUGACUCGGUUGUAUUCAUGCAUGAUGCCAUCAAGGCCAACAAAAAGAUCUUAGUUGAAGGUGCUAAUGCUCUGAUGCUUGACAUCGACUUUGGUACCUACCCUUACGUUACCUCUUCUAACACCGGUAUUGGUGGUGUUUGUACAGGUUUGGGUAUUCCUCCUAGGUAUAUUGACGAAGUUUUCGGUGUCGUUAAGGCAUACACCACUAGAGUCGGUGAAGGCCCAUUCCCAACCGAACAACUAAACGAAGACGGUGAGAAAUUGCAAACUAUUGGUGCCGAAUUCGGUGUUACCACUGGUCGUAAGCGUCGUUGUGGCUGGCUAGAUUUGGUGGUGCUGAAGUAUUCUACUUUGAUUAACGGUUACACCAGCUUGAACAUCACCAAGCUGGAUGUUUUGGAUACUUUCAAGGAAAUCAAGGUUGGUGUUUCUUACUCCUUGAGGGGUAAGAAGCUAGAUUUGUUCCCUGAGGAUCUGAUCACUUUGGGCAAGGUCGACGUGGAAUACGUCACUUUGCCAGGCUGGAACGAAGAUAUUACGAAAAUUACCAAAUACGAAGAAUUACCAGCUAAUGCGCAAAAGUACUUGAAAUUUAUCGAGGAUUUUGUUGGUGUUCCAAUUGAAUGGGUUGGUACUGGUCCUGCUAGAGAAAGUAUGUUGCACAAGGAAUUAAAAUAA